AUGUGGAUUUGUCCUCUUAGAGGCGCAGACAAAUACAUGGUCACCACAGUACUCAAAUACGUGUCCUUCAAUGAGUCCCUGUGGAGCAGAACUAAAUGCAGCUGGCUCGUCAGCACCCUCGAAGCAGGUCCUAGCUACAGAGCAUCGCUCAGCCAGCAGUUGUUGAUUAAACUAUGUGAACUGUCUGCCAAUUGGCAUCUGAGCCAGCUGUGCGGCAAAGGCAUCAGCGAGCCACCUCGACUGACCCUCAGGGCAGCUGACGAGGGAGACAGCAGAGAGCAGAGGCUGUGGUUGUCCCCCCGGGAAGGGCCAGGAGUGGUACUUGGAGUGACACAGAGGGAGGAGCUGGACCACGUCCUUCUUCCCUCGGGGCUGACCCUACAGAAGGAGGCUGAGCCAAGGUCGUCAGAAAGCCAGGGAAGGUUAGCGAGGGAUCAAUGUGAUUCGGGCCGCAGGAGAGGAAAAGAUGAGCCUGCCCGCCCGCCUGCUGCCUGGAUGCGGAGGCUGAGGGCCGGAGCACGGAAGGCCGCUUGCUGCGCAGUCGGGGUGCCGGGCGCCCGGGAUGAGCUCACGCCCGCGAGUGCGGCUCGGUCCACCUGCCGACCUGCCGGCGGCCCCCUGAGCUGA